UUAUAACGUUUGAAUACGCAUGAAAUGCUCGUCUAAAAUGAUCUCAGCAAUCCAGUGCUAUAAAUUAAAUACUAUUUCGAAGCAGUCAUUUCUGUAGAUCGUGGUUAUGAUAUCAAUUUGGAUUAUAUUGACAACAUUCAUUUGGAAAGCAAACCAAAAAAUUGAUAUUGCAACAGUCGUUAUGAAGCUGAAUGACACAAGACAAUAUGGUGGCCUAUUGAAAUAUGGAAAGUAUACUAUUGAAAUCCAACAACCAAUAAACGAUGAUAAAUUAGUCACUUCUUCAGGUGUCAGUCAAAGGAAGGCUGCGAUUGGCAGAGGAUGGGUCACCGUCCAUCGAAUAGGCAGACUGGGAAAUAACAUGUUCCAAUUUGCAGCACUAAUCGCAGUAGCAAAACAUAACAAUAUGACGCCAAUUUAUCCAAAUGAAACCUUAGACGGAAUAUUCAAUAUUGACCGAUCGGGGAAUUUACCACACAAAGAGAAUAAUAAUUCUUUUCCUGUAACUAAUUUGAAUGAAAAUAAGUCAUCUGUAUAUGAUGUGGGAAUUAUGAAAAUUGUUCCAGCAAAUACAAAUAUUCGGCUUUGUUGUUACUUUCAAUCGUGGAAAUACCUGGUGGAAAUUCAGAAAGAUUUGAAAAAGCAAUUUACAUUUCACUCGUCGAUUGAUACUUUAGCCUUGGCAUUUAUUGACGAAGUUCGGAAAGACAUGCAUGGUAAAGACGAAAUCACUAACGGCACAAGGGACAUGACAAAGAGGCGUGGGGAUAACCAUGUAACUUUAAUUGGAAUACAUAUUCGGAGAACAGAUAUGGCGGACACUGAAAGUCUAAACCCUAACAAGGGAUACGUCGUUGCACCCAAACACUAUUUUCAGAAAGCGAUGGAGUAUUUCAGGACUAAGUUCAAAUACGUCCAUUUUAUUGUUUGUUCUGAUGAUAUAUUCUGGGCCCAAAUCAAUAUCAGAUCUUCAAGUGCGACGUUUUCAAUUGGCCAUUCGCCUGGAGAAGAUCUCGCAAUUCUGUCACAUUGUGACCACAUUAUUAUGUCAACCGGGAGUUUCUCUUGGUGGGCAGGUUGGUUGUCUGGUGGGGAAGUCAUCUAUUAUGCUGGCUGGCCUAGGCCUAAUAGUGAACUUGCACAAAGAUUUGAACGUUUCGACUAUUUCCUACCACAGUGGAAGGCAAUGCUUUAACUACCCCGGAAGUCAAAAUCUUGUAAAUUAAGAUGAACCUCUCUUAAAGAUACAAAACCAAAAACUAAAACAUCUUUUAAUCAAUGUUGAAAUGAACUUCAGUCGAGCUUGCAGUUCAGAACUCCUUGUAAAUACCCUGCGCGCAGCGUCUAGUUAUAAACGAGUUAUAGACGAAGCUCUCUUUUAAGAAGUGAAGUCGAACAAAUGCAAAGGGUACCUUGUAAAUUGCUUUGAAAUAACGAGAUAUUAUGGCACACUUAGUUGACAUUAUUGCUCACUAUCACUGGUGAUCCACUCGAUUACGCUAGUGAAUAAAAUAAAAUAAAUACUUCCAAUGUUUAUCUAUUUGAUUUACAAUAUGUUACUUUCUUUAUGCUUUGUGAUAUCUAAAGUCACAUGAUUUAAUUUAUUCAAAGCAACCUGUAAUGCCACAUGGUGAUUGGUAUGCUUUUAUAUGUAAUUGUUUAUAUUGUUUUCAAUAAGUGAAAUAAAAUCAUUAAAUCAUAAAAAAAAGCAUUACGCUGGUUCGUUUCGGUAACAAAAUGUUGGAACGUCGAAGGUACGAUUUUUCUUCUUUUUUCCUUAUUUCACACGUUGUAGGCAGAAUUCCCACGACAUUUUGAUCACAAACGUGUAUCAGUAUCAUAUGUUUAAGAAAAUGUACAUAUUUGCGAACAAAUAGUUCAGAACACAACAGAAUUGUCGAUUUAAUUCCUCACUUAAGUUACAUAAACGGUAUUUCGAAAAACAGUUAAGA